UUUGUCCUGUUGGGACUGAAUGUUUUCAGCAUCAAAUCAGGAUGUUGGUUUUUAUCUGGAUAAUUGUGUCUCUCUCUACUAACAACGGUGCAUUAGGACAGGGAGAAAAGUGUCAACAACUUGGUUACUGUGUUACUCUCUCUACAACCAUAACAGCAGAGGCUGGACUCUGUGCUGUGAUACCAUGCUCUUUCAAAUCUGAAUUUGAGCCAAAAGUUAUUAUGUGGUUUAAAUGUGAAAAACCCCAAUACCGAUGUACACAUUCUGACCCUGUCUUUCACUCUGACAAGAGCAAUACAGAUAUUCAGUCUGGGUUCAAAGGUCGAGUAUCACUGCUGGAGCCUGAUGUGACUCAGAAGAACUGCAGGAUUAUAAUCAAUGAUCUCAGAAAGUCUGAUUCUGGAUAUUAUCUGCUCAGAGUUGAAGGAGACGGAGAAAAGGAUACAUUUUUUUAUACUGUUGCAUACACCAAUCUCUCUGUAAAAGAUCUUAACCAAAAGCCAGAAGUUAAGAUUCCUCCUCUGAUUGAGGGACAGCAGGUCACUCUGAGCUGCACUGCUCCUGGUUUCUGCUCUGGGUCUCCUCCUAAAAUCACCUGGAUGUUCGGAAGAAAAGGAGAGAAGGACUCUUACAUCCAGGGAAAUAUCACUGCUUCAAAAACUGAGAAUCUGACUGCUGUCAAACAGAGUCACAGCUCAACUCUGACCUUUGAACCUUCAGCUGAAAACCACAACACCAUUAUAACCUGUCGGGUCAGUUUCAGAGGAAAUGAAACCAGAAAGAGGACUGAAACACUGAAUGUAAACUACUUUAGAAAACCUCAGAUCUUUGGCAAAACCACAGUAAAUGAAGGAGAUGAUCUGAAUCUGGCCUGCAGUGUUGACAGCUUCCCUCCGUCAUUCAUAAAGUGGACUAAAGUUGGAACAGAAACUAACCUGCAGUACAACAUUUUAAACAAGUCUUAUAACAGCACUGAAACAUUCCUGAAUGAGAGUCCUCAUAAUUCUUCUUUGCUCAUCAUAAAUGUAACAUCAGAAGACGCUGGACGCUACAUUUGUACAGCAACAAACCAGAAUGACAACCUGACAGAAGAAGUCAUUGUUCAUGUGACAUCUAAUCAUGUGACACAUUGUGGGGUUGGCUGUGCAGCUCUUCCCUGGGCCAUUGCUGGUGUUUCACUUAGUGUAAAUGUUCUCUGUAUGAUCUACAUUUGGCUCCUUUGGAACACAAGAAAAAAGAUGAAACCCACUGAAGGUGACCCAACUUACAUGUUUCUACAGAAAUCUGAUACAUCAGCAGAGUAUGACACCAUUGUCCAACGACCCCGCUGACAUGUCUACAGGAAUCAUUGAAACUUGCAUCUAACCUGCUAAAAACUGGACUUUUAUUAAAUAUACUGUUAAGGGAUGCAAAAGAAAAGAAGAGAGCAUGUAUGUUAAUAUUGUGUCGAUUUAUUUAGUCUUUUGACGUUAGCUUCUUUCAUCUCUUGGUUUUGGUCACUGAAGUUUAAUAUUUAGUUUAUUUUCAGUAUUUACCAAUGGUGUAGUGGACAGAUUUUUUCAGUAAUGUAGAUAAAAAAAAAACUCCUAAGUCAUUUCCUGAAUAACUGCACAUGUGAAAAACCAUUCUACCCUUUCUUCUGGAAUCACCAGGAAAAAUCUUUCAAAUAUAUUCUGGCUAUAUUGACCGUUUCCAUGGUGAUGUGGUUAUAGUCUCAGACUGAAAUGAGGGGAUCCAACCCCAGAUGGACCCCUGUGUGUGUCAGGAAGGGCAUCUGGUGAAAAAUCUUUGCAAAGUUUACCAGCUAGUUGUAAGGAUUUGUUAUAGCGAACCUUGAACAAGGGAGCAAGAACACGCACUGUUCUAAGCCUUUCAUCUAAACUUAUAAUCUGGUUUGAUUUUUAUCUCCCUGAGAAUGUGAGACAUUUUAGUGUUUGAAAACAGUAGUUGAUCCACAAUGAAUGGAUGAAGCUUACAUGUUAUAUAAACCCUAGACAUGCACCUGUACAGGAAUAAAAGAGGAAGAAUUACAAAGAUCGGCAUGUGGGACAAUCAUUGCAUAAGAUGCUACCCCUGGGACUCAAAGCUGAAAGAUCAUCCACUACACCUUAAAGUAUUUUUAUGUUGAAUGUUGAGGCAUCUAUUUUCAUGUUUGCAGCUUUGCCAAAAAAUAUCUGCUUUAAAAUAUUUUUUAUUCUUUAUAAGUUUAUAUUUCAGUCUUAAUGGAGUUUCAAAAUAUGUUUGCUCAUUUAUCCAAAGUGUUUAUGCUCAUUAGAAAAUAAUUUGUCAAAGAACAAAUGAUAAUUAAAAAAAAAUAUAUGCAAGUAUUACUUUUCUUGAAGAGUUGGUGAAAAUUAUUUGAUAACAUCUUUGAACUAAUAUAGAAACACAGAACUUUCAGUUGUAUUGUUGACAUUGAUGCUAGAGCAUUAAUAUCAGAACAAACUUCAUUGUCCAGGUUUCUGAGCACAAUGAGGGAUUUUUUUUUACUUUGGGUUUUAUCUCUAACAUCUGGAAUCGGCAUCAGUCCAAACAUUUUAGACAUA